CGACCUGCGAAAAAUCUUGGCGGGUUAAAUUUCGAAAUUGAGAUUUUGAGUUUCGCGCUUUCUUCUAAAACAAUCUUCCGCCGUUCAAGUCUUUCCAUGCGUCUUCCUUCCGUCGCCUAUUCUCUUUCUCUCGCUCUCGAUCUCAAGAAGAAAGGAAAAUUAUUUCCCCAGACGAACCAAAAAUGGGGGAUCCAAGUUACCUGGAGAAAAUGGGCAGAGAGCUCAAAUGCCCCAUUUGCUUGAGUCUGUUGAACUCUGCGGUUUCACUUACAUGCAACCAUGUGUUCUGCAAUGCCUGUAUCAUGAAAUCAAUGAAAUCCGGUUCCAAUUGUCCAGUUUGUAAAGUACCCUACCGGCGUCGAGAGGUUCGUCCUGCGCCUCACAUGGAUAACUUGGUUAGCAUUUAUAAAAGCAUGGAGAUUGCUUCAGGUUUCAAUAUUUUUGUCACUCAGAACCCACCUCUGGAUAAAUCAACAGAUGAUGAGAAGCGAGUUGAAAAUGAUCUCAAUUGUAGUGAAAGAGUGGAUAAUCAGGGAGCAACCAAAAGAAAAGGAUCUAGGGUGGCUAAAUCAACAGAAAACUCUGGUCCCAUACCUGUGAAGCCUUCUUUUCUCACCAACAAAAGGGUUCAGGUGCCACAGUAUCCUCUGUCAGAAACACCUAUGAUGUCUGCAAAACUUGGCAGUGGGUUGGUUGAACGCACGGAGGAUGAAUCUAAAAGAACUUCAGAUAUUCCAAAGGAGAAUUACAGUCCAAGGGAAAAGGGAGAACCAAUAUUUACACCCUUUUUCUGGUUGAGAGAGGAAGAUGCAGAGAAGCCAAGUCAGCUUACUGAUGGGGAUCAAUUUGUGUAUAUAACACCACCUGAAGUUCCUUCUUUCAGUGAUAUGAAGGAUUCUGAUGAUGAAGGCUUUUCUAAAGAGGAGGUGCAUGGAAACACUGAUAAUGUGAAUCUGUUUGAUAGCGAGAUGUUUGAAUGGACACAGAGAGCUUGUUCCCCAGAACUUCUGUCAAGUCCUGUUAAAAUGCAGCUUGAAGACACUGACGAACCAGCAUUACAGGGUUCAAAUACAGUCAAACCCUGUAUUAAUAAUGGCAUAUGCAUGACAACUAGACUUAACACUUCAGAAGAGAUACUGCCUAAUGUAACAUCUUUCAGAACCAAGGCUGCUAACAACAAGACCAGGACCCAUAAAUCCAGGGAAAUGGGCAGGAAAUAUAGAAAUACUGCCCAAAAGAAGAUUGCUGACAGAACUAGAAGUCAUGUUUCCAGAGGUCAUGCUGAUCCAGAAAAGGGAUCUGAAAGUUUUAAUCAAAACCAAGCAGCUGAUCAUAGCAGCAGUUCUUCAUAUUUGGCUAAGGCUAGGAAAAAUAGUAAGGUGGCUGUUUUGGAUCACCAUGAAGCUGAACCAAUAGUAACAUAUGUUUCUGAUGCCUCUGAAAAUGCAGAAACUUCAAAUCAGGCUGACACAAAUAAGGUUAACAAGUUGCCUGCCAGAGUCAGUAAGGAAAACAGUGGUGAUGAAUAUGAGAAUUUGAGUAAAGGAAAAAGUUGCAGGUGGAUCAUUGCCCAGUGCCAAAAAAAAUCUUGUUCAAAGUCAAAGAAACAAAAACUAAGUAUGGCUAUGGUUGAUAUUCCUGAAGAAAUUUCAACCGCUCACAAUCAGACAAAUGAAAAGAUGAUUCUACGAAGUCCUCGCUUCAUUCCCGUACCUUAUGACAAGGGUGCCAAACAGUUCAAUAAAGUAUCAAUCAAACGUGCUAGGGAAGUAAAGUCUGCUUUGAGUUUGAAAAGUGAAAAAAACUUAAGUGGUAAGAAAAAGAUGAAAGUUUCUUUUAGUGGUGACACAAAAACUUGGUUGGCUGAAGAACCCCAGCAGGGAAAUAGUAAUUUUUCCCCACAGAGAUUAAGUGAAAAGGUUCAAGGUAGUCCCACCGUUGGAAUUUCAGAUGGUUCAACAGUAAAUAAGCUUCGCCUAGCAAAUGAAGUGGCCUUGCGCAAAUUUCAGACUGUUACAAAUAAAAUACAAUGCGCUUUCUGUCUUUCUACAGAAGAUUCUGAGGCUUCAGGAGAGAUGUUUCAUUACUAUGAUGGCAGGUCUGUUCCUCUAGAUCAUAAUGGUGGCUUUAAGGUCAUACAUUCACACAAGAACUGCGCUGAAUGGGCCCCUAAUGUUUAUUUUGAGAAUGAUAAGGCAAUCAACCUUGAAGCUGAAUUAUGCAGAAGCCGAAAAAUAAAAUGUUCCUGUUGUGGACUAAAAGGUGCAGCGUUGGGCUGUUAUGAAAAGAGUUGCCGCAAGAGUUUUCAUGUUCCUUGUGCAAAAUUAGUCUCACAAUGCCGGUGGGAUACUGAGAACUUUGUAAUGUUAUGCCCUCUCCAUGCCUCUUCUAAGUUGCCUAAUGAAAAUCCAGAAUCUCAAGAAAGCAGAAAAAGAUGUGUUUUGAGAGGAUCAAUUCACCACAACGAAGUUCCUAUAAACAAUGGCAUCAGUGUGCAGAAGAAAUGGAAUCCUUGUGGAUCACACAAAAAAUUGGUACUCUGUUGCUCAGCUCUCUCAGUUGGAGAGAGGGAAAUCAUUUCUGAAUUUGAGAAAUUAUCUGGCGUUACAGUGUUGAAGAGAUGGGACUCAAGUGUCACCCAUAUCAUUGCAUCCAUAGAUGAAAAUGGAGCAUGCAAAAGAACCCUUAAAAUUUUAAUGGGUAUCUUGGAGGGGAAGUGGAUGCUGAAUGUUAAUUGGGUCAAAGAUUGCAUUAAAGCCAUGAAACCUGUUGAUGAGUUGCGAUACGAAAUUACUAUUGAUGUUCAUGGAAUCAGGGAUGGUCCACGACAUGGAAGGCUAAGACUCCAGAACAAGCAACCAAAGCUUUUUGAUGGGUCCAAGUUCUAUAUGAUGGGAGAUUUUGAACCUUCUUAUAGGGGAUACCUACAAGAUCUUGUAAUUACUGCAGGAGGUGCCAUUCUGCAUAGAAAACCCAUUUCAGGUGAUCAAGGAGCCCCAUUCUCUACUUACCCUGUAUCUUCAACCUUCAUAAUUUACAGCGUUGAGUUGCCUGAUAAGUGUGAUCCUACCAAGAAGCAUAUGAUUAUAAGCCGCCGGCAAUUUGACGCAGAAGCAUUGGCAAGUUCAACUGGUUCCAAAGCAGUAAGCAAUUCAUGGGUUUUGAACUCCAUUUCUGCAUGCAAAUUGCAAAGUCUUGGUGAAUAAUUAUAUAGAUUAUUAUAGAACCUUUAAAUGUCUAAAGGUCAGAGUUUAAUGGAGAAAGCUUAAAGAUUAUGAUGAAUUUGUUUUGAAAAUAUUUAAUGUAUGAUCAAUGAUUGAUCGAAUCAAUUGGUGUGACA